GGGGAGCCCCCCGGGGGGCCCGGGCCCGGGCCCGGGGGCCUCGGCGCUGGAGAAGAACGUGGCGGAGCUGACGGUGAUGGACGUGUACGACAUGGCCUCCCUGGUGGGGCAGGAGUUCGAGCGGGUCAUCGACCAGCACGGCUGCGAGGCCAUCGCCCGCCUCAUGCCCAAGGUGGUCCGCGUCCUGGAGAUCCUGGAGGUGCUGGUCAGCCGCCACCACGUCGGCCCCGAGCUCCAGGACCUGCGCCUCGAGCUCCACCGCCUCCGCCUCGAGAGGGUCGACCGCAUCGAGAAGGAGAGGAAGCACCAGAAGGAACUGGAGCUUGUGGAAGACGUAUGGCGAGGAGAAGCCCAGGAUCUGCUUACCCAGAUUGCGCAGUUGCAAGAGGAAAACAAGCAACUGCUGACCAAUCUCUCCCAUAAGGACGUAAAUUUCUCCGAGGAAGAGUUCCAGAAGCACGAAGCUACUCCCCAGGCGCAGGGCACAUUUGACUAUCCUGUUGAUCUUCUCUGGGGACCAGGCAUGUCGGAGAGGGAGCGGCAGGUGAUGAAGAAACUGAAGGAAGUGGUGGAUAAACAGAGGGACGAGAUCCGGGCCAAAGACCGGGAGCUCGGCCUGAAGAACGAGGAUGUGGAGGCCCUGCAGCAGCAGCAGGCGCGGCUGAUGAAGAUCAACCACGACCUGCGGCACCGCGUGGCCGUGGUGGAGGCCCAGGGCAAGGCCCUCAUCGAGCAGAAGGUGGAACUGGAGGCCACGCUGCAGGCCCGGGACCAGGAGCGCGGCAGCAUGCGAGCCGAGAUCGGGAGGCUCCGCGAGAAGCUGCAGGGGGAGGCCCGGCAGAACGGCCAGGAGACGCAGGCAGAGCCGAGCAUCGAGGAGUUCGUCUCCGAGUCGGAGAAGAUGGCCCUGGACCUGAAGGAUCCAAACCGCCCGCGGUUCACUCUGCAAGAGCUGCGCGACGUCUUGCACGAGAGGAACGAACUGAAGUCCAGGGUGUUUUUAUUGCAGGAAGAGCUGGCCUACUACAAGAGCGAAGAAAUGGAAGAAGAAAGCCAUCCACCACAGCCCACUCCAAUCAUCCAUUCAAAAUCAUCUCCCCAGCCAGAGUCUGGUAUCAAGCGACUGUUUAGUUUCUUCUCACGAGAUAAAAAGCGCCUGGCUAACGCCCAGAGAAACGUUCACUUCCAGGAGUCCUUUGGCCAGUGGGCAGACUCCAACAGGGAAGACAGCUACACUGAACAAGGCCAAGAAGCACUGCAGCACCUGUGACUUAAAGCCAUGUGACAACCUGCUUACCACAUUAAACCCGAACACCCUAAGAACAACGAGCUUCUGUUCCAAGUCCCGGCAGCCGCAAGUCCCGUCUGCCUCGCGCACCUCCGAGGUUGUGUUUCAGAUCUGCUUCCCGAAAGGGAUGCUCGCAGUCGAGUUGUUUACUUGGCGACAGCCGUCCCAAAAACAAACUCCUGACUGCGAUAACCGUUAUUUAUAGCCCGGGGUAUCACAGUUUCUAGUAGACGACGCUACGGUCCGGAGGGUGUGUACUUAAACCUAAUGGUCUAUGGCCUGACGUCCGCAUUAAUGUCAGUAACCCGAGCUUCUUUAGAAACCAAAAAUGAUGAAUGCUACUAUGAUUUCUUUUGCAGUCUACAGAAUGUAUUUGUGAAGACUUUUUGUUACCUAUUUUACGUAAAACUUGAGGGGAAGAAUGGGGUGCCGGUUUUCCGGGAGCUCUGUUAGACAUUUUCCGGGUGAUUUUGGGGGGACUAUAACAAAGGAAACUGUUGCUUGGUAAGAUACGCCCGGGCUGACAAUACCAGGGUAGGCAACGCUAUGUUGUUCCCGUCAGACAAAGCAGCAGAAAUUCAACAGAGACGUACAAUACGGAAACCUAGAAAUUGGAGGCAGCCAUUCGCGAGCCGGGGGUUGUAUAUUGCACCUUGUUAUUUAUAGUGCCUAAAGCAUGUAGAUACUUAUGUACAAGGUGAGUGUGCCUUGGAUUUUGCUAUGACUUAUGCAGUAUUAACAAAAAAAAAUACUAAAUGAGGUAGUUUAAACUUCGCAUGUUGUCUCUGAA